UCUUAUGUUCUGUUAAGCAAUAGCAACCAUCUAUCUAUCCACAUUCACGUCACAGCGUUCUUUUCUUUCUCACUCGGGUCUCGAUCGGGUUGGUUGGAUACGUGGGAGCUUUGAAUGGACUCCUGAGUUUCUUCCAAGAAGUAAGUUACCUGCACAGCAGUGUCACUCUGCCUGGCAUAAUUACGUUGUUUGUGCCACUUGUGCUUACGUGUUGGUUUCUCUAUUUUGGGUUGUUAUUCACUUUCUGGUCACGUCUGAUCACAUGCCGUUCUUUGUUUUCUAUCUUUCGUGUUUGUUUUUGAUUCCUCCAUUCUCGUUUAGCUCGCACGGUAUCUUGGUGAACAGUGAGUCCUUGAAGUCUCGUACCAAUCUUACGUUCGUGCAUCCUCGUGCUCUUGACAAUGUGAUGCACGCGUUGAAUGGUGUAAGACUUCCUCUCGGUAGUGUUCCAAUGUCCGCCCAUAGGUACUCUAUGGUUUGUCCCUGCACACAAUAAUCUGUAAAAGC